AUGAUGAACCAGGACGAAGAAGACGGUGGAGGACGACGUAGCAGACGCCAGCCCAAGGCCAAACAACUAUCUCGAGCUGACCAGCUACGAGCAUUCCGUGAAGCAAAGGAAGGACAUGUCUCAAGAUUAGAUCAACUGGGCCAUGACGAUGUCUUUGACUUGGCCACUGAAGACGAAUAUACAAAUCUUGUACGAAAUCGACUCAAGCAGCCUGAUUUUGUCGUUGAUGAUGAUGGUGCUGGGUAUCUUGAUCAUGGUCAUGAAGAAUGGGAUGAGGAGGAGGACGAGUAUUCUGAAGAUGAGGAAGAGGAGGAGGAGUUAGAUGCAAAAGGAAAGAGGAAGCGAGACAAGAAGAACAAGAAGAAGAAUAAGCAUGCUGAAACGGAAUUAUCAGCCAUGUUUGCUAAAGCUGCGCAGAAUGCACCUGCUCCUAAACGAGAUGCUGAAUCUGCUGCCCAAGAUGCAGCAGUACUUGACGACAUUCUUGGAGGCUUGGACGAUGAAGAUCAAGGAGGAAGUGCUCCAAAACGUUUGAAACCAAAUCCAGUUGCUGCUCCAGCUCCCAAAAUUAUAGAUGCUCGACUCAACCCAUACCGUCGUCCAGACUCUAAAAAGAGCGCAUAUACCGCUGCCUAUGAAGCCAAACUCAAAGCCGCAACACUAGCUGCUAGUACACCACGACCAUUCAUGCCUACUGGCCGAUUUAGUGGAAUGGGUGCAUCAUCGAAUAAUGAUAAUAACGAUGAUUCUGGAAUGUAUGAUGACGAUAAUAAUAUGGAUGUUGAUCAACAACAGCAACAGGAAACAGAGCAUUUACCUGGAGAUGACGAUGAUGGUACAUCGGCGAAUGAACCAGGAAAGCAGAAACCAGUACCGAAUCCUCAAGCUGUAAAAGUACGCGCUAUACAGACUCGAGGUGCUGCUGGUAGUAGUAGUGGUGCUGCUACAUCCUUCGUACCUAAAUUCGCAGCACCGGCUGCUUCUAUAGUUAAACAAGUCGCCAUUCCAGGUUUACAAGGAUGGGAAUCUAUACGUGAUUCAGUAAAUAUUGAACCUACCCUUCUUGUACCUACCUCUGUGAACAAUACUUUGGCUACCGAUGGUAAUCAUGAGUUGUUGGAGGAGGAUGGUAGUUUGAAAAUGUAUUGGUUUGAUAUGACUGAGGUUAAGAAUGUGGUGUAUGUGUUUGGCAAGGUCUAUCAUCGUACACAACAAAAGUACAUAAGUUGUUGUGUUGUUGUCAACAAUAUUCAACGUAAUCUGUUUAUACUGCCACGUAAACGUGAAGUUGACGAGGGAGGAAAUGAGACAGACGUACAAGUUACUUGGGAAGCUGUCCAUAAUGAAUUCAACAAUAUACGUCAGAAGGCAGGAAUCACAGAAUGGGGUGUCAAACCACCAGUCAAGAGAAAAUAUGCUUUUGAGAUUCCUGGUGUGCCAGAAGAGAGUGAUUACAUGAAGGUUUUGAUGGACUUUAAACAACCCGCUUUACCCGGUGAUCGCAGUGGACGUACAUUUAGUCACAUAUUUGGUACCAAUACGUCAGCAUCUGAGCUCUUCAUUCUCAAACGCAAGCUCAAAGGUCCUUCUUGGAUUAUCAUCAAGGACGCUCAACUCAAGACUAAACUGCCUACUUCGUGGUGCAAAGUCGAAGUCGUGGUAGAUGAUCCGAAAACCAUUAGUGUUUUGCCACCGGAUCAAGCUGGCGAUAAGAUGCCUCCACUGGUGGUUAUGAGUCUCAAUAUCAAGACGGUCUAUAAUCAUCAAGCUCGCACAAAUGAGAUUGUCAUGGCUAGCAUGACUGUCUUUCCAAGCGUCAAACUUGAUGAAUCACCCGCUUCCAUUGAGAAUCUCGCAGCGCAUCGAUUCUCAGUCAUUCGCCAAUUGAAUGAUGUUCCGUUCCCUGUUGGAUUUGAUAAAUUGGCUCAAGAGCGAAGGAGCAAGUUGGAAAUACAGACCAAUGAGAGGGCCUUGUUGAAUUAUAUGCUCGCUGUCUUGCAUAAGAUGGACCCAGAUGUCAUUGUUGGUCACAACUUUCUUGGAUUUGACCUUGAUGUGUUGCUGCAUCGUAUGAAGGCUCAUAAUGUCAGUGAAUGGUCUCGACUUGGUAGAUUACGACGAAAAGAAUGGCCCAAGUUACAAGCUGGUGCUGGUGGCAUGGGAGACUCAUCCUUUUCAGAACGACAAAUUGCAGCAGGUCGUUUGAUUUGUGAUACAUACCUGGCUGCCAAGGAUUCAGUCAAAUCUCGAUCUUACAGUUUGACUGUCCUUGCUCUGUCGCAACUGAAGGUUGAACGUGAAGAAGUUGAUUUCGACAAGAUUCCUGAAUACUUUUGGGAUGCUCGACAAUUGAUAAGAUUUGUCGACUUGACUGAAACCGAUACUGUGUUUGUUGCUCAACUCAUGUUCAAGUUGCAAGUUUUGCAAUUGACCAAGCAGUUGACUGAAUUGGCUGGAAAUUUGUGGGUUCGUACUAUGACUGGUGCUCGAGCUGAACGAAACGAGUAUCUUCUCCUACAUGAAUUCCAUGGUCAAAAGUACAUAGUGCCAGAUAGGUUCUUUGGAAAAAAUGCCAAAGUGAUUGUGGAUCAGGGACAAGACGAUGAUGAUGAUGAUGGUGGUGGAAAGGAUGGCAAGAAGGGACCAGCAAGACGAAAACCACAAUAUGCCGGUGGUCUAGUUUUGGAGCCCAAGAAGGGAUUCUACGACAAGUUUGUCUUGUUGUUGGAUUUCAACAGUUUGUACCCAUCCAUCAUUCAAGAAUUCAAUAUCUGCUUCUCGACCGUCACUCGAUCAUACGAGAAGGAUGGAGAAGUUGAGAUACCCAAAGAGCCUAGCAAGGAUUUACCUCAGGGCAUUCUACCACGUCUCUUGGCAAAUCUAGUGGCGAGACGUCGUAACGUCAAGAAUGCUAUGAAGGGUGUUAAUCCAAAUGCGCCUGAAUACGUCAACUUGGAUAUUCGACAAAAGGCACUUAAAUUGACUGCCAAUAGUAUGUACGGUUGUCUGGGGUUUUCGCACUCUCGCUUCUAUGCCAAACCACUGGCAAUGUUGAUUACUUCAAAGGGUCGAGAGAUCUUGCAAAACACGGUCAAUCUUGCUGGAACUCUCAACUUGGACGUCAUUUACGGUGAUACCGAUUCCAUCAUGAUUUACACAAACAAAGACGAUUUGAAGGAAGUCACUAAAGUUGGUGAUGAUUUCAAAAAGGUCGUCAAUACGAAUUACAAGUUGUUGGAGAUUGAAAUUGAUGGUAUUUUCCAACGCAUGCUUCUUCUCAAGAAGAAGAAAUAUGCUGCUCUAGUCGUGGAGCAGCAACGAGAUGGUGGCUAUGUGACUACCUUGGAAAUGAAGGGUUUGGAUUUGGUUCGUCGAGAUUGGUGUGAUUUGUCUCAUGUUGUCUCGCAAUACGUCUUGGAUCAAAUCAUGAGUGGUGAAUCUCGAGAAGUGGUUGUAGAAAAGAUUCACGAGUAUUUGAAGAAUGUUGCUCGACAAGUUCGUGAAUCUAUACCUGAACCCAUUCCUAUAGCCCAAUAUGGCUUGACCAAAAACCCUGAAGACUAUGCUGACAAGAAGGCCCAACCACAUGUCAUGGUUGCUAUGGCUAUGAAGGCUAAAGGAGUUGGUGUUCGUGUUGGCGAUACCAUUCCCUAUGUCAUUUGUAUCGGUGAAGAUAAGUCACCAGCUGCUCGAGCAUAUCAUCCUGAUGACGUUGAGAAGGCCGGGUCUACUCUGAAGAUUGAUCUUGAGUAUUAUCUUGGAUUACAAGUCCAUCCCCCUGUUGUUCGUCUGUGUUCUGAAAUCGAAGGAACAUCGGCAUCACAGCUUGCUGAUUGUCUAGCUGUUCAUUUCGAAUCAGGUCUUGAUGGCAGCAAGUACAAAGAUACCGGUGGAUCGAGUGGUAAUACGGAAGGAGAAAAUCUUCAUACACUCGAGUCGAUGAUCAGUGAUGAAGAAAAGUAUCGAAAUGUGGACAAGUUUAUCCCUCUGUGUAAAUACUGCAAGACUCAGCAACGGUUGGAUCCUCUUGUUCGAAACAAGGAUUCUGAGAAUCCGACAUGUAUUCUUAUGUGUUCCAAUGUUGAUUGCAGUAUGCCGUUACCCACAGCAUCGCUUUAUGCCCAACUGUCUCGAGAAAUACGCGAUCAUAUUAAAAAGUACCAAAACUCUUGGUUGGUUUGCGAUGAUGCAGCAUGUCGUAACCGAACUCGACAUAUGUCUGUAUAUGGCGAACGAUGUCUCAGGAAUGGAUGUCGUGGAGCCAUGACCUUUGAGUACCCCAACAAUGCAUUGUGCACUCAAUUGGAAUACUAUGCAAACUUGUUUGAUUUCGAAAAGUUUAAGAAGAAGCUUGAACGAGAUAGUGUCAAGCUUGACCGAUUGACUGGCCUCAUCAAACCAUACACGGCCGAUUUCCAAGAAUUGAAGGCUUUAGUAGACGAGUAUUUGGAAACCGAUGCUCGUCGAUAUGUACAGUUGGAGAAAAUAUUUGCCUUCCAGAUCAAAUCGCUGAAUGCUCAAAGGAUGUAA